AAAUACUCUCUUUAUAUUAUUCAACAUGAGUCGUGAUGGAAAGAAACCAACCUCGUUAGUAACUCACUUGGUAGCUGGUGGAGCUGCUGGUCUUAUGGAAGCUUGUACAUGUCAUCCUUUGGAUACUAUCAAAGUUCGUAUGCAAUUGUCAAAGAAUGGUGCAAGAAACGCAGCAGGUCAACGUAUUGGUUUUCUUGGUGUGGGUAUGAAAAUUGUACAAAAUGAAUCGUUUUGGGCACUUUAUAAAGGUCUUGGUGCUGUUGUUUCUGGUAUUGUCCCAAAAAUGGCUAUUAGAUUUAGUUCUUUUGAAUUAUACAAGUCUUAUAUGACCGAUAAGAAUAAUAUAGUUAGUACGAAAGCUGUAUUCUUAGCUGGGUUACUUGCAGGUACUACGGAAGCUGUGAUGGUAGUAUCUCCUAUGGAUUUGAUCAAGAUUCGAUUACAAGCUCAAAGGCACUCUAUGGCAGAUCCAUUAGAUAUUCCCAAGUAUCGAAAUGCACCUCAUGCUGCUUAUACAAUUGUAAAAGAAGAAGGUAUUCGUGCUUUAUAUAAAGGCGUUACUCUGACUGCUUUACGACAAGCUACCAAUCAAGCGGCCAACUUUACAGCUUAUCAAGAAAUGAAAAAGUAUGCACGAAAAUGGCAAGGAGUGGAUGAACUUCCUUCUUAUCAACAUUUAGUUCUUGGUGGUGUAUCUGGAGCUAUGGGUCCUCUUUCCAAUGCUCCUAUUGAUACCAUCAAGACACGUAUUCAAAAAUCAAGUGCAAAAGGAUCAGGAUGGGAAAGAUUUCAAACAGUGACAAGAGAUAUCUUACGAAAAGAAGGACCCCGUGCAUUUUACAAAGGUCUUACUCCUCGUCUAUUACGUGUUGCACCUGGUCAAGCUGUUACUUUUAUGGUAUAUGAAAAAGUACGUAGUUGGAUCGAUCUCUUUACGGAAAAAGUACAAGAAGGUGAACCUGUAGGUCAAAUCAUUGUAGCUAGAAAAUAG